AUGACGUCGUGGAAAUCGUGUGUAUGGACAGUGUUCGUGGUUGUGUGUAUAUUGGGGAAGAUAUCCGGUCUGGACAAUGGACUGGCUUUGACCCCACCUAUGGGCUGGCUGGCCUGGGAACGCUUCAGAUGCAAUACCGAUUGCAAAAAUGAUCCUGAUAACUGUAUAAGUGACCGUCUCUUCCGAACAAUGACAGACAUCCUCGUCUCCGAAGGCUACGCGGCGGUCGGUUACGAGUAUGUUAAUGUGGACGACUGCUGGCCUGAGAGGGAGCGUGACCCGAGAGGCAGACUCGUGCCUGACAGAGAACGCUUUCCUUACGGAAUGAAGAGUCUCUCAGACUAUGUUCACAGCAAGGGUCUUAAAUUCGGCAUUUACGAGGACUACGGUAAUUUCACGUGUGCCGGAUAUCCGGGUGUUGUCGGCCAUCUUGCUGGAGAUGCAUCAACAUUCGCAUCAUGGGGCGUGGAUUACGUGAAACUGGACGGAUGUUACGCGCUACCAGUGGACAUGGACCACGGUUAUCCGGAAUUCGGAAGACAACUCAACUUAACGGGCCGUCAGAUGGUGUACUCUUGCAGCUGGCCCGUUUACCAGAUAUACGCUGGUUUGCAGCCCAACUUCACAUCGAUCAUCGAACACUGUAACCUGUGGCGAAACUUUGACGACAUUCAAGAUUCGUGGGCCUCCGUCGAAUCUAUCAUAGACUACUACGGAAACCACCAGGACGUUAUCGUGCCCAACGCUGGACCUGGACAUUGGAAUGACCCUGACAUGCUUAUUAUAGGAAACUUCGGCUUAUCAUACGAGCAGAGUAAGACCCAGUUCGCGAUAUGGGCGAUUCUGGCAGCGCCGUUGCUCAUGAGCGUCGACCUUCGUACCAUCAGGCCGGAAUACAAAGCGAUAUUGCAGAAUAGGAAGAUCAUCGAAGUUGACCAGGAUCCUUUGGGAAUACAGGGGAGGAGGAUAUAUAAACAUCGGGGUAUCGAGAUUUGGUCAAGACCCAUUCUCCCGAUCCACGGCCAGUACUACUCGUACGCGGUCGCCUUCGUCAACCGCAGAACCGACGGCACUCCCUCCGAUGUGGCGGUGACAUUACGAGAACUCGGACUUAACAACCCAUCUGGUUACAGAGUUGAAGAUUUAUACGAAGACGUAGACUAUGGCGUACUGUCUCCUCAGACCAAGAUAAAAGUGAAAGUCAACCCCUCAGGUGUGGUUAUACUGCGAGCGGACGCUCAACCGUCAUUCGUUUAUAACGCGAUACCAACGCGGACGCCAUAUAACGAAGUUUUUCGACUCUCAAAGAAGUAACGCCAUCUAGCGAAUGCAGUGAGAUACUACAAGUACAAGAUAGAUGUCACUAUCCCAUUGAUGUCAUAUAAAACUAUAAAACGAUAAUUUUAAUUGGAAAUGAGUUUGAUGACAAACGAAUGUGUUUUUUACGAUACGAAAUAAAUUAACGCAACGAAUGCGUGCAAUAGACACAUACUGACAUACUAAUAAGUACAAGAUAUAUGUUGCGACUUAUUGUUUAUUUUUAUUUUCAUUUUUAUUUGGUAGGUAGGUGUACCUAAUGUAGUAUGUCACCGUUAUGUAGUAAAAAGAUAUUAUUAUUAAUUUGGGUCAUAUAAUUGUUUUACUUAUUUAAAACAACAUUCUAAUAAAAUCUACUUCAUUGCUAUUAAUAUACACUGAAAUAUGAGGGAGCGCUACUAGUAUAAAGAUAAAUCAAAGUUGGUUUUAUUAAAUAUUUUUAUAAUAACUAUUUUAAAAUGAAAAAGUUGAGUAGAUCUUAACUGAUUAAAACUGAUGCGUAUAAUCCAAGUGAGAUAUCAAAGUGAGAUAGUCGAGAAAUUUCAGAGUAAGCUUUAUGUAAGAAAAGUUGAAAUCGAGUUUUUAUGACAUCGAUGCAUGGAUUAUAAAAAUUAUAUUAUUAGCAUUAACUCGUUCAUGGUUGAUUAUAAACUACAAUAAGCUCGUGUUUGUAUUCGAUCUCAAUUCACUGAAUAUUAUACCUAUUAGAUACUUUUAUUAAACAUUAAUUUUCAUUAAUAUUCUGAAAAUAAUCCUGUGUUUUAAACUCUUACAAACUCUCUGAAGGUUACCAUUAUAUUUGUCCGUUAAAAAAUUAUACAAAAUGUUAAAUAAUUAAAUAUUUAAAAAUGAAGUUUAUUUCACUUUCUCGUCUUAACAUUUUGUAAAAUUUGUAAUAAUUGGACACGUUUUCAACAGCUUGCCUUAGUUAACAUAAUAUUUAUAUUUCUUUAGUGUGAUCAGUUAGCAAUACGAGAAUUAAUUUUGCCAUUAUGAUGUACCUAGGAUAAGGAUGUACAUUUUAUUUGUCUGUAUAUGUAAGGUUUUAGUAAAUAAAAUAAAUAAUUUUACUUGUGUA